UAAACCUUGGCGUAAGUCGUAGGUCAACGACCCUUCGCGAUUUAUAUUAUGAGAAACACACACUGUGUUAAAUAAAUCGACCACCGGGGGCGUAGAUCACGCCAAUGACAAACGGCCAACUUCAGGGUUGUGUUGGCACAGUUUUGUAGCAAGACGCGCAGACUACCCUGGUGAGACCGAACUGAUAUUUGCAAUAUCAAUAAAAUGAGUCACAAUAAUUUACUACAGAGCUACACAUGGGACGCUCCGUACGACGAUCCUCAACAACAAUUUCCGCGUCAGGUUCAAGAUGAAGUUAUCAGCGUUUACGAAGUGUACGUUAAGGAGGAAACCGUCGGCCCUGAUGGGCGUACUGAUAUUUCGAUGAUGCCAGGCGAACCAGGAUCCAGCAAUCAACUCAUGCAAGGAGAUUGUUUGGAUCUCGAUGCAGCGAUCGGAUCCGAGGUGAUGAACGUUGACGGGUCGAUAACGAAACUGCUGGCAAAAGACACGAUAAAAUACAAGAUUUUGGAGCAAAACGCGAACGAGGACAACAACGUCGUGAUGUAUUCUCACCCGAUGAACGAGGUCCCAUCGGCUCCGCGGCUCGUCGACAAGGACGACCCUCGAUCGAGAUUACAUUUCGUCAAGUACCUUAAGAGAGACGGAAAAACGUUAAAGAUCUGGGAAUGUGGAAUCUGCUCCAAAGAAUUUCGGCACCAGUACACCUUGAUGCGACACUUGCCGACUCACACGGACGAGCGAAAUUUUAAGUGCGAAGCAUGCGGCAAAGCGUUUAGACAAUUAUCCACCCUGAGUCAACACCGUGCGAUUCACAGCGAUGCCCGUCCCUACGUUUGCGAGUUUUGCAAAAAGACGUUCAACAGAGUAUCCACCUUGAUUUCCCACCGCAAGACUCACUCUGAACAUAAACCCCAUAAAUGUCAUUUGUGUGGGAAGGGUUUUCACCAAAAAGGAAACUUGCGAAACCACGUGUUCACCCACACAAACGAACGACCGUACAAAUGCGAGAUUUGCGGAAAGGGUUUCAAUCAGAUGUCGAACCUGAUGUGCCACAAAGUAAAGGCUCACGCCCACGCGGAGAAAAUGCCGUACGUAUGCGGCAUAUGCGGCAAACAAUUCCCCCGUCGAUUUUCACUAAGAUCCCACGAGGAGUACAAGCACGGAAUAAAAUAUCGCCAGCAAAACCAAAAUCUUAACAUUUUUCUGUUUCUUUAUUCGAAAAAGGAUGGAUUACACUCGGGCAGCCUGAUUGUAGAUAAAAUCGAGACGAAGGCGAUGGAAAACGCUAUCUUAGAAGGACAAACGCCGUUUGCUCUCUUCAAACCAGCCAAAGGAAUUCCGGUCCUCGUUAAAGUCGGAAGUGCCGCUAAUUGCAAACAAAUGCUGACACCGGCUACUGCUGAGGACUUGCGUAUGGCUGGAAAAAUGAGCCUCAGCCCCACUUUAGCUGAACUCGACGGUAUCAAAGCCGUGCAAAUCAAAGUACCUGUCGUCGCCACCGUUACCCAACACAUCGGGCCCGACGGCAGCUCCAGCUUCGUCAUCGAGCCACCAGGACCCGGUCAGGAGCAAGAGAGUGUGAUUGAGCCAAUCGAGUCCGAGUUCUCAUGCCUAGACCAGCGUGAGGUGCAGCGAAGCGAGGGCGUUGAAAAAAAUUCGCAAGAAGAUUGCAACGAUUUACUGGAAUUGGCGGCUCAGGGUGGAAUUCAAUUUGUGCGAGCGACGGAAGACGGACGUUACGAGGUGAUGACGAACAGCGAGGCGCGUGAUCUGAUGGCUCAGAAUUCCCACGACGUGACGAUACUCGACGGCGAGGAGGCCGAAGCGAUAUCGGUCGUGAACAUGCGCGGCUGUAGCGCGAACAACCAGGGGAUGGAAAUCGGGGAUACGAGCGGCCAAAUAACCGUCCUAAACGCCGGAGGCGGGUCAGGUCCUCUAAAAAGUGUCCCGAUGGAAGGGAUCGAGGUCCUCGAUGAAAAGGACAUCGGUAUCGUGGGCGGUAAGAGUCUGCAUCAGCUGGAGACGGUCCGGCCAGCAAACGGAACGAUCAUAACGUCGACGGUGUUCGAUCAGGAGAAAAUUUACGACUACAAUAAAGAUUUCUGUAGUCCAAUUAACGGCCUCUCGGUUCAGCCGAUUCUGGCUCUGCAGGACGACGCUCUGCAGACUGCAAUGAGCAAGGCGAUCGGCCGAGAUCUACAGUCGGAUUCAAUGAACCCAUUGAUUCAGAGAAGCACGCCGACCCUCAGCAACAGCUUCACGAGCUUCAAACCUUCGAAUAACUCCCCAAGCGACCACAGCAUCGCCGCUAUUCUUUCGUCGAACGAUCAUGCGAUCGCUAAAAGCCAGCUCAUCGAUGUCGGUUCGAAAGCACCACGGUUUCCCGAUUUUGAUAACGGUAAUGAUUUGCUUGUCAAUACGACGGCGAUUAUUAAACCGGAAGUAAAGAUACUGGGCCCGAAGAAUCACGGUAAGACGACUGCGCUCGGACAAGAGAAGAUUGUUCAAUUUGGUAAUUCCGGGUCGAACGAGACGGUCAAGAUUCUUGGGCACGGGGAUGCUUACAAGGAUUUCAACAUGUUCGGCAGCUACAGUUAUGACCAGUAUCCGGGUUCCCAGUUUACGUCCGUUUUGGCUCCCGACCAACGAUUACAAAAGAAGGAAGUGAAGAUACUUGGGAGGAAGAGCGAACCUCCUUCAAACCAUACGACGACAACAAGCGGUUUUGAGGUGAGCAAAUGCCAUGGGCAGGAGAGUGAGAUUCAGGAAACUUUGCCAAAUCCUGAAACGAGAGUCGAUUCUAAUGCCGAACCAGACAACGAGACUUAUCUUUCUUUGCUAAGAAUCAACACGUGGUUGAGAAAAUCUUGUUAACACUUGGCGACGCGUUAGUACUUAACAAGACUUAGUAAAUACCUACGUAUACACUAAUUGACAUAUACCAAUGAAUUAGCGAUGCUGCGUAACGCGAUCGCAUAAAUACAUACAUACACACAAACACAUAGGCAUGAAUAAAAAUGAAAAUUGAUGGUUAAAGGUGAGGUCGAGUACCGAAACGGACCAAAGGUUCGUGCCGGAAACGAUCGUGAUCGAAGAUUCCCCGCAGAGUAGGAAUAACAAGUCCACGGACUUUGUUCAAGUAAAAAGUCUCACAAGUAGUUAAAGAAGGCUAAAGGAAAAAAAAAAAUUGUUUCUCAAGCCAAUAUUUUCCGUCCCCGAAACUUAGCUGCAGGCGAUUCGCAGAACCGGUGGGAGAGAUGACCAGAUUGAAAUUAAUAUGAUAGAGAGUCCCAGCGAGACGCAGGCGAACGCCUUGAGCGAUGACGUUGGUCAUCCGAUUUCGGGAUCCGGGGAUGUCGAUAGAGAUGGCGAUAAAAUUAAGGAGGUCACUUCGAUAUCCGAGACAGAUUUGGAACUGAUAGAAAACUGCCGAGUCAUCAGCUACGACAAUCUUCCGGAUUUGGAUUGG